UCUCAUAGUUACAUCACAUGGUAAGUUUCUUAACACUUUUUCUUUCAAAUGGAUUGAUUCAAUCCUUCUUUACGUCAUGUAGAUUUAAAAUAAUGUUAAUUUUCCUAAGGUAUCAAGCUUCAAAGGAUGAUCUCACUGUCCAUGCAGCUUUCACAAAACCCCCAUCACCACAGUAUGUGAAUGUAUCUCAUUGGUUCACUCAUAUUGAUGCCCUUUUGAGGAUUUCUGGUGUGUCUGCUGAAGGCAGUGGUGUUGUUGUUGAGGGCUCCGCUUCUUUCCCAGAAGAAGCCAUUGCAACUCCUCCUGUUGCUGAUACAAAGGCUGCAGCUGAUGAAGAUGAGGAUAGUGACGUGGAUCUUUUUGGUGAGGAGACUGAGGAGGAAAAGAAGGGUGCUGAAGAACGUGCAGCUGCAGUGAAAGCAUCUGGGAAAAAGAAAGAAUGUAAGGCUAAAUUUGUCUUUUCAAUAUUAUGUUUCAAAUGCAAAAUUGACAGUGUUCUCGAUUGCGUAAUCAGUUAGGAAGUCUUCGGUGUUGUUGGAUGUGAAGCCUUGGGAUGAUGAAACUGACAUGCAAAAGCUUGAGGAAGCUGUUAGAAGUGUUCAAAUGGAGGGCUUGCUAUGGGGUGCAUGU